ACAUUGUAUCUGCUGGUUAUGGAGCAGAAAGGACUAAGGACAUCGAGACAGCAAUGGCGGUGGAUCGCUUUCAUUGUUUCACUGAUUUUGCUGUGGAGCAGAGCUUCGGCGCAGAUCAGAUAUUCCAUCGCCGAGGAGGUUAAUGAAGGAACUGUUGUUGGGAAUAUAGCGAAGGAUUUGGGAUUAGAGAUGAACACACUGAAAGAGAGAGGAUGCCGUAUUGUCGAGGGUUCAACGGAGUCAUUUUUUCAUGUAAACCAGAACGACGGAUUAUUGUAUGUUGACCGGACAAUUGACCGGGAGAAGGUGUGUGAGCGGAGCAGUGUGUGCUUGAUCAACUUAAAGACUGUGCUGGAAAAUCCUCUUGAAAUACAUUAUGUGACUGUGGAGGUGCUGGAUGUAAAUGACCACGCUCCCACCUUCUCAACCAAAGAGUCACGUCUCGAAAUUUCAGAGUCUGUUUUACCGGGCUUGCGCCUUCAGCUGCAGGCAGCACACGACCCUGAUGUUGGUCAGUUUUCGGUCCAGGAGUAUAAACUUAGUCCUAAUGAUCAUUUUCGUUUGGAAGUCAAAGACCGUGGGAAAGAUGGGAAGAUGCCGAUAUUAGUUUUACUGAAGACGCUAGACAGGGAAACAAAGAAAAGCCAUAAGUUGCUCCUUACAGCUAUCGAUGGAGGGAAACCAAGUAAAUCUGGUACAGCUGAAAUUACUGUUGACGUCUUAGAUGUUAACGACAACAUGCCAGUUUUUAACGAAGACACAUACUCUGUGCUUUUGGAAGAAAAUGCUGCCAUUGGCACAACAAUUAUAAAAGUAAAUGCUUCUGAUUUAGACGAAGGCUCAAAUGGUGAGAUUGUGUAUUCAUUAGGCAAGAAUGUGAACAGCAGAAUACGUGGUCUUUUUCGUGUAGAUGCAACUACAGGUGAAAUAAUUGUUCAAGAUCUUAUAGACUUUGAAUUAGAAGAAAGUUAUGAAAUUGAUAUACAGGCAUCUGAUAAAGGACCGGCUCCGCUGAGGACAGACAAAAGUGUGUUGGUGAAUAUUGUAGAUUUGAAUGAUAACGCCCCACAUAUAGAGGUUACCUCAUUUUCAAAAGCAAUACCAGAGGAUGCAAGACUGGGAACCACUGUGGCCUUAAUCAGUGUUCUUGAUAAAGACUCUGGUCUUAAUGGAAAAGUUAUUUGCUCGUUUAAUGAAGAUGUUCCCUUUUCCUUAUCACCUUCCUCACAAGACAACAUGUAUUCGAUAGUCACGAAAUCGCCCCUGGAUAGAGAAAAGCAGUCCAUAUAUGACGUGACAAUUGUUGCAAAAGAUGCAGGCGUACCAUCAUUGUCUUCUGAAAAAAGCAUUACUAUUAUAGUAUCAGAUGUGAAUGAUAACAGGCCACAGUUUUCAGCGAGCCCUUACACAUAUUAUGUUACAGAGAAUAACUCUCCAGGAGCGUCAGUGUUUUCUGUCAGGGCAUCAGACAGAGAUGAAGGUGAUAAUUCUCAUAUCUCAUAUAAUAUUUUAAGAGAUGGAAAAGAUACUAACAAACUCAACUCCUACAGUCUCAGCAUCAACUCUGAAAAUGGAGAUAUUUUGGCACUAAAAAGUUUCGACUUUGAAACAGUGAAAACUUUCCAGUUCCAAGUUGUUGCCACAGAUUCAGGAACUCCUUCACUAAGCAACAACGUGACAGUGAAC